AUGUCCCAAUUCCAGAAGCCGCCGCGCGGUCAACGUAAGUCUCUAUUCGUCAUACAGCGAGCUAGCUCCCAGAGGCUAAUGUUGCUAUCUCCUGGCAGCCAGGCCCUUUGUCUUGUCCGUCAACCCCUUUCUCGCCCCGGGGCCCCGGGAUAUCAUGAUCAUGCAUGUCUGGACCUGAGCUUACCCCUGAGAAACAGCGUCUGCGACCUGCAGGAAAAGUUCCGCAAUGCCAUCUGGGAGUUUGACAAGGUCAUCCUGACCACAAAGAAGCUCCUCCAGGCCGCCCAGGCCCUCUCCAUCCCCGUCGUCGCCACCACCCAGAACAAGGCGCGCCUGGGCGAGACGGUGCCCGAGCUCGCGCCCCUGCUCGCGCAGCUCGGCGCCCACGAGGAGGACAAGACCCUCUUCAGCAUGUACCUCCCCGCCGUCGCCGAGCGCCUGCUCUCGCAGGCCCCGGCCCCGGCCCCGGCCGACGUGGCCAUCGUGGGCAUCGAGUCGCACAUCUGCGUCACGCAGACGGCGCUCGACCUGCUCCGCGCGGGCCACAACGUCUACGUGCUCGCCGACGGCGUGAGCAGCUGCAACCGGCAGGAGGUCGGGCUCGCGCUCGACCGGCUGCGCUGCGCCGGCGCCGUCGUCACGACGAGCGAGAGCUGGCUGUACGACAUGAUGCGCGACGCGGCGCGGCCCGAGUUCAGGGCCGUCGCCGGCGUCGUCAAGGCCACCAAGGACGACACGCAGCGGGCGCUGUCGGGGCUGUUCCCCGGGCCGGGGCCCAAGAUGUAG